GGCAACGCUGCAUUAACGACUUCGAUUAAGUGUAGAGCACACAGAACAGAAACCAAAAAUUAGUUUAAUGUUUAGGAAUUAAAAGUCCAUUUGAACUUAAACUAUUUGAACCUAAUUAUUUUAAUCCGUGCAUUACUUAAAGCUCCCAAUAUGUAAAUUUACACAAGAAACAGAAAAGCACAUAUAUUUAAGUUGGUAUUAUGUAUAUUCAAUUCAAAAUUGACAACAAUGACAUUUCUCUAAAUAACAACCGUUUUUCCAUUCCUUCGAUUUUCGAAUUUGGUUUGAACUUGUUUGUGUAGUGUGGUACGUUUUUGCCAGUUUUUUAAUAAAAUUCAACUAUUUUCCUCCAAAAAGCCGCACACAACGAUGGACCGAGAAGAAUUACAGCGUAACAUUUUCUAUUCCGAUAAAUAUUACGACGACAAAUACGAAUACAGGCAUGUGGUUAUACCAAAGCAACUUGUAAAGUACGUCCCCAAAACUCACCUUAUGUCUGAAGAAGAAUGGAGAUCAAUCGGCAUUCAACAAAGUAAAGGCUGGGUGCAUUACAUGACUCACAAGCCAGAGCCCCACGUUCUUUUGUUCAAAAGAUUGAUCACGGACCGACCAGAGAAUUAGGCCUUCCUGUCCCCUUAUUUUUAUGCAGUUUCUUUAAAAUUGUUGGUUAUUAAUUAGUGUAUAUAUGUAGUUGCUAAUAUUGGCGGCCUAAUUUUUUUUUCAAGAGUGAAAAAGAUUAGCUGCCCCACACGUAUUUUGUAAUAAUAUUAUUAUUUCUUUGUAUUGAGUUGAAUAAUGUCCUUCACAAUGAUUUUGAUCUGAUUCAAAUACAAAUUCAGUAUUGCUUUUUUUUGGAAAAUUGUUAAUUCGCUCUUUUGUUCAAAUAAUCGUUUGUCUUUAUUACUUUGUUUUUUAAUUAUUGUCUUAUUAUCUUUGAUAUCAUUUUGAUCACCUCUACAAAACAUACAGGUGAUCAAAAUGAUAUCAAAGAUAAGAAAAACAGAGUUUACAUGGUGUUUGUCUAGUUGGUUCAAAGAAACAUGUCUAUUAACUUCCAUUAAUUGUCCAAAUCUGUUAAAAUAUAAGGCUGUUAUUAACACUUACGAGCUGAUUUUGGUUUUCCCGUGCUUUUUUUUAAAUGUUAAGUCUAGCUGUAGUUUUUUAUAUAAAUAUUUCUUUUUCCUCGCAAUAUUAUGUGGAGUUGGCAGAAAUAAAAGCAUUUUUUUA